AUGCAACUGCAGGAUCCGGAAGGGCUUCAGGAAGCCGAGGAGUCACCUUCGAUAACACCGAAAAAGAUAAAGAUUCCAGAAGUGUGCAAGGUUUGCACUUCUGUCGAGGCUAAGUACACAUGCCCCCGCUGUGCCCUAAAAACCUGCUCCCUUGAAUGCUGUCUUCGCCAUAAGAAAGAAGCUGGAUGCUCUGGAAAGCGUAAUUUGGCUGCGUUUGUAUCACGGAAGGACUAUGAUUAUUUCAACUUCUUGUCGGAUUAUCGUCUCCUUGAAGCAGUAGAUCGCGAUAACGAAACAAGGGAAAAACAGUUGUCUGAGGUGAGGUGA